AUUAUCAUCAAACCCCUUCUGGAGGACGGGCUGCUGCUGUACAGUGGCCACCACGAGUACGGGGACUACAUCUCGCUGUGCCUCAACAUGGGCUACGUGGAGUUCACUUUCGAUCUUGGCAGCGGGCCAGCAACAGUGAGAAGCGAAUUUCCUCUGACGAUGGGUCAAUGGCACACAAUCAAGGUUUCCAGAACAUCUCGACUGGCAGUCUUAAAGAUCGAUCAGCUGCCAGAAGUGAUGACGGUCUCGCCCGAACGGAUUCUGGCAUCUUUCGUUGCCACACAGCUUGUACCUGGGCGGAGUGCACAACAUCCACACGCUGCCGAUGA